GGCAUGGUAACACACAAUUCCCCCCUUCAAGCAACAAUCUAAGUUACAUAUAUAAAAAAAUAAAAAUAUUUUUCCUUCUUCUUAAGAAUAGUCAGAACAAUAGGAUGUUGAUUGGGAAUCGGCGACGUCAACAAAUGCAGAGAACACCAAGCAUGCCGAGGAUCACUAUCGAGGUUGAUGAUAAUCAGACCGCCGGCCAAGACACUGACGUGGCUAUGGCGGUGGUAGACGGCGGAAUUAAUUACGACCAGCGGUUCUCGGCUGUGUUGUCGCCGGGAAAUCACAGAAGGAACGAGAGAAAAGACGAUGGGAAAUCAACGUUGCAGUCGUCGUCUUUCCUUGGAAGCUGUGGCUUUUGCAAACGUCGUUUAGCUCCCGGUCGUGAUAUUUACAUGUACAAAGGAGAUGCAGCGUUUUGUAGCAUGGAAUGCAGAGAACAACAAAUUGAGCAGGACAAAGGCAAAACUCCAAGCAGAGUCGUUUUAUCACCGUCAAACUAGAUAUGUGCAUGGCUCAAAUUAGCUUUUACUAUUAAGUUUGUGUGUGCAAUUUGAGCUUGUGGCUGUUAAUUAUUAAUCAGCAUCAUUAUGUAAAAAUUGAUCCCUAAACAAAUUGGAAUGAAACUCGUUCAUGUCAUGCAUAUUAUUUUUGUUCCACAU